AAUGGCUUUCCAGCUACACCCGCAUCACAGCCACAAGCAUUCGAUAGUUGGGAUGCAUAUCACCAAUCUUCGGUGCAUUAUGCCUCCUCCGUCAUGCUGCCCGGAUCCGUAGAAGAGCCUACAUCGCCUGCCGCAGCACCAGACAUUCCCGACGUGACCAUGAAGUCACGCUCGUGGUACGAGCCCGAGAAAGAUCGCAUCGUCAUUGUUGACUUGGACGAUUACGACGUUGACGAGCCCGCGGAUGAGCCGUCUGUGCGGGUGAAUGGCGCACUGCUGGACAGGCUGAGGUUACACCGCGAACCUGAUUUCCAGGCAGACUUAGCUCCGCCGGACUCGAGUAAAGCACUCGUGCUGUUCAAGCCAUUAUCACCACCACUCACGAUGGGGAACAUGGGCAGAGUAGAGGUGCCGCGGGUGACAUUGAGCAUGAACGAUCAAAGCGUGCGGAACAUGUCAGACGAUGUAAUCGUAAACGAAGUCCCAUUGUACGAUGAUUAUGACGACGAUGCCAUGGAAAUAGAACAGAUAUAGAUAUAUUCAAAUCGC